CUCGGGUACGGGGAGGCAUUGCUAGGGGACAGGCUGGCGGGGAACCGGGCUCGGGCCGCAGCCACCCGGGGUCCCGCAGGGCGGAGAGCCUGAGCCCCGAAGUGCCCCCCAGCAGGCAGGCGGCCGGCGGAACGCAGGCAGUGGACCGGCCUUCCCGUCGGGGGCGGGCCGGGCGGGGCGCGCGUCCUUCCAGGCAGCUCGGUCGCUUGUGCGUUCCGCUCCGGCUGCCCUCUGCGCUUGGACCCACUUCCCUAUCUGUAACGAGGUGGUGAGACGAGGCGGAGUUGACUUGGAAACCUCUCCUUGGCCACUGUCCUUUCUAAGGAACUCAUUUCCAGAGUCCACCAGCACAGAACUGGUGGGGGAGCCUCCUAGGAGCAGAGAAAAUGGCCAUCUUCAGGCAGCUGUCCCUAGGCACGAAGGCCACCCUGGCUGCCAUCACUGUCUUCGUGUCCAUGAUCGCCUCCCGCUCGUAUCUGGCAGACAGCCUUGAGCUCAGGGCCUGGCGUUGGCUGCUUCGCUUGCAGCUUGCCCUGUUUGUCAACUCGCUCUUGCUCAUUGGCUCCCUCUACAUUUGGCGCAGCACAGUUAGCAACCUCUGCCACUCCCCAGUUGCGGAGUCAACCUGUUUUCAGCUUUGGAAGGUGGUGGUUCUGGCAUUUCUGGCCCUGGCCCAUUCCAGUUUCUUCACCAUGUUCUUUUUAGUGGCCGAGGAGCCCUAUCUGUUUUCCUUGGCAGCCUACUCCUGCCUGGGUGCUUACAUCAUCAUGCUCUUCUUCCUCUGCAUCCUCAGCGGCAUGGAGCAGGCCUACCAGCUCUUGGCCUGGCGCAGUGGUAGGGUCGUGGGCAGCCUUGACAAGACAAGGAAGCUGGUGCUCAGGCCUGCCCUGGCAGUGGGAGUGACUGCUGUGCUCAGCGUGGCCGGGAUUCUGAAUGCUGCGCAGCCCCCGGCUGUGAAAACUGUGGAGGUGCCCAUCCAUCAGCUGCCCGCCUCAAUGAACAACCUCAAGAUCGUGCUCCUCUCAGACAUUCACUUGGGCCCCACAGUGGGCAGGACCAAGAUGGAGAUGUUUGUGGGGAUGGUGAAUGUGCUGGAACCAGACGUCACCGUGAUCGUGGGUGACCUCUCCGACUCGGAAGCCUCGGUCCUGCGGACGGCUGUCGCCCCUCUGGGCCAGCUUCAUUCACGUCUCGGUGCCUACUUCGUCACAGGCAAUCAUGAGUACUACACGUCAGAUGUCAGCAACUGGUUUGCACUUCUGGAAUCCCUGCAUGUCCAGCCUCUUCAUAAUGAGAAUGUGAAGAUUUCCGCCACACGGGCCCAACGGGGUGGUGGUGGCAGUGGCGGUGGGAGUGAGGAUGAGGACUGGAUCUGCUUGGCUGGGGUGGACGAUAUUGAAGCAGACAUCCUGCACUACUCUGGCCAUGGCAUGGAUCUUGACAAGGCCCUGGAGGGCUGCAGCCCAGACCACACAAUCAUCUUGCUAGCUCACCAGCCCCUGGCUGCCAAGAGAGCUCUCCAGGCUCGGCCAGAUAUUAACCUGAUCCUUUCUGGGCACACACAUGCUGGGCAGAUCUUCCCCUUGAACGUAGCAGCCUACCUCCUGAAUCCCUUCUUUGCUGGUCUCUACCAAGUGGCCCAGGCUACAUUCGUAUAUGUCAGCCCGGGCACAGCCUACUACGGGAUACCCAUGAGGUUGGGUAGCAGGGCGGAGAUCACAGAGCUCAUCCUGCGGCGGUCUCCCUGAACCGGCCCUGCCCUGUGCACCUCUGCCCUGCCCUUGCCCUCGACCCUCCAUCCUGCUUCAGAGUGGUUUGCCUGCUUUUCCCCUCCAGCCUUGCCCACCCAGCCUUGCCUACACAUCCUUGGUCACAAGCCUGAUUCAAACAGUGACUCGUGGUGGGGCUGCCUGGCAUGUUGAGGCUGGUUUAACCGUUUCCUUGGCCGGUUGCUUUUUUUGAUGCACUUGUGAGAUCACUAAGGUCACAUAUAUGAGCACUCCCCUCUAUUUUCCAGGUGGUGUGGAGUGGGGACCUUCUCCUGCAGAGCUCCAAGGGAUGAACCUUCCCUUGGGGUUGCUAGAAAGGAAUACCUCUAGAAGGUGGGACUGAGGAGGAGCAGGAGCAUUUUUCUCUUGGUGUUUUAAAACUGUCUUUAGGACUUAAUUGGUUUCCAGAAUCAUUGAUCCAGAGCCGUUCUGGGGAAGGGGCAGUGUUGCCAGGUAAUUUGGGAGAACAGGCAAGAUGGAAGGGCCCUCUGGCUGCUAGAGAAGAAUAUUUUCUUUUCCUCUGCUUCUAUCAGGAUCACCUCUAUUGAGGGCAUCAGCAAAAUCUACUGGAAUGCAAAGCUCCUCCUGUUCCAGGCCUUGAGGGAUGCUAUUUAACUGUCUGUGCUCCUGGGCCUUUGGGGGCAAGGUCGGGGGAGAAGAACUAUGGGCGCCGUGGUCGGUGAUGGUGGGAACGUGGCUGCUUAGGAAUUCGGAAGGCUUUGCCUCCCUUGCCUCAUUUUAUACAACCCUUUGGGAAGCUAAUUGGGGACAGGCUGCUUUUCCCUAUUUGGAGAUGAGGAAACCAAGGCAAAGAGAGAUAGGGCACAGGCAUUAUGACAAGAUGUGUAGGAGAUUUGGGGCUAGAAACCAGGUCUUUUACCGCCCAGUAAAAGCGGUGCUUUUCCACCAUGUGGUGAUGAAGUAGCUGCAUCUGUUGCAGGUGGUCUGUUGCAGGUGAGCGCGGGAUUCAAAUGCAGUUCACCAAUUCACAGUGCAGAGAGAAUGAACAAGGGCCUAGGACCCCAUGCUCUUUCUAAGUGGUUUGCUUGAGGCUGAUUUCAACUUACCCAUACCGGCAUGGACUCGAGCCUGGAAGGGAGUCAGCUAGUUUCAGUGUAGGAUGUCUUACAUUUGAAGAAGAGUCAGGAAACUGGAACCCUCCACCUCCAACCCCAUGUUUGGGUUUGAUUUUUCUGUGAGCAGCCGCGUUCACUCUGUCAGUGGGGGAGAUGAGGCCUGCAUGGGAGUGGCAGUGCUGUGUGCCUCUGGCAGGGCCUGCAGACUCCUCUCCCUGGGCCUGGCUGUGGAAUGCAGAGACUGUUCUUCCUGCUAGGUGGCUUCCAACCCACUUGCCUGACCCUAUAAGAGCUGCCCUUGGGCUCUGGCCACGAAAUGAUAGGGCCAUCCCCGCUGGCUUCUAGACCCAUAGAAAAACCAGGCAGGGAUUAUGUUGGCCUGGCCCUUUUGCCGGAAGCAACAGAUCCUUUGAUCCUGAGAUGGAGAUAAGCACCUGCGUUAGAAAAGGCCUCACUGAGAAGACAGGGCUGGGCCAGUUUCCUGCUGGGUGAUUUAGGCUUGUGAUGGAUAGUCUUCCUCCGAUGGGGACUGAAGAAACUCCCUUUGACUGGAGAGGCUAACCCUGCUACUCACUCGUUGGGCAGCGGUGGGUGGGUGACUUUCCCUUACUGAGCCUUGGUUUCCAUCAACCCUAAAAUGGGGAUAAUUAUCGCAUCUACCUCAAGAUUGUUUUGUCAGGAGGGAUCCAUCAAGCCUUGUACAUGAGUUCCACAUGGCACAGUGUGCACAGUGAACACUCAAUGUUAAUUUUUCAGCUUUCCAGUGGAGCUUGCUAAGGAACUGUGUUGGGCACAGGUGCCCGGAGGAUUCAUGAAGCAGCCAGUCCUGAGGAAUGUGAGUGGGUAACGAGUUGCCUGCUGCUGGGGCCGGUGAUGUGUCAAAGCAACUACUGGGGGUUUGCCUUCCUCCCCUUGUGCGCAUUCUGGCAGGCAAAGGGGGUUUCUUCCUUUCCUCCUCGUUCUCCUGGUGUAUUGUGCGGUUCUGGGAGAUCUGGAGACCACCCUUUUUGUUCCCAGGCAGCCACAGUAUUGACAGUGGGCCAUCCCAUGCAGUUUAAAAUGUAUCUUUGAGUUGAAAUUUUGGUGGUUUCCUUAUUCUUUUCUCUCUUCCCUUUCCUUCCAAACUCACUUUUCUUGUGACCCGACUGCAUUUUGUGAAUCAUCCUUCCUCCCUUUCAGUUCUCGCUUUGGAUUUCACCAGGUGGGCUCCAUGGUGCCAUUUCACUUCCACUGUUUGGUGCCACUGGUAAUGUUUGACUCACCUGUCGUGUGUUAUUUCACUGAUUUCUUGAUUUUGCAUCUUUCUUAUCAGUGACCUGGGCUUGAUGAAAUUAGCUUUCAUGAAGUCCUUUUUUUUGUUGUUUAAUUUUGCAUCUUUACCUCUUUUCUUUCUCUUGAAUGCCAUCAUUGUGUGGUCUUAUAUACCCUUCAUCCACUCUGAAGUCCUUGCUUGACUGAUUGCUUUCUAUUAGCAGAAAGAAAACAGGUCCAUCCCAUGUAUCUGAGAAACAACAUCAACACCCUCUCAUAUCUGGUUUGUAUUCCCUGGCUCGGCGGACAUUUUUCCAGCAGAAAUUUCUCCAUCACUGUCCAGAUUCUGGCCCUGGUGGGCAAGACUCCAUGACACCUUUAUUCCCUCUGUUCAACAUUCUUAAACCAUUGACCUUCUUUUUUUUGUUUGUUUGUGGCUGGGGGAGGUGGUGAGAAACAUUACUUGAAGCUUGAUCAUUCUUUCAAUUUCAUUUGCUUCUUUAUUUUUAAUCUGUUAGAUGCAAAUUGAAAUGCAAUGCUUUUUGAAGAUUAGCAAUAGCAUCUGUAGUAUAUGAUGCUGUUACAAAAUCUCAAUAAAUUAAUCCUGCUUCCAUUCCUACCAAAUACCCA